AUGCCUGUGAGUAAAACUCUAUCGAAGAUUAAGAAAGGUUUGGCCAAGAAAGGUAAAGUGACUCUUCACCCAAAGGGUCGUAAGUUUCAAAAAUUAACAAGAGCUACGUUACGUGAAGGGAAGGUUGCCGGUAAAAAGAGAGCGCAUAACGAACGUAAAUCUAAUGAACUUUCUCGUGUGAAAUUCAUUCAAAAUCUUAUAAAUCUGGACUCUUUUAAGGAUAUGACAACGUUUUCCACUGAUGAGAUUGCUGUAUUUAUUAAUCAGUUCAUAGAGAGAGAUGAUGAUGAAUUAAACGAUUUAAUAAAGAAGAGAAGAUCUAAUCGUCCACCUACCACAAAACAACAGAUGUUACAAAGUAAAAGAGAUCUAGAGAUGGAAGAAUUUAUGAAAGGUUUUUUAUGUCCAGAUUUAACAGAUAUUAAAAACGUGGAAUUCUUAAGAAAAUGGAAUAACAGUUUUGGAUCUAUGUCUACUCUAAAAUUAAUGAGAGUAGAUGUGAAUGGUAAACAAGUUGUUGGUGGUGGAAUGAAUACAAAUGAACCAAUAGCAAAUGAUGUUGAAAUGAGCUGA